UCUGUAGUUUCAACUCUGAAAUGCAUGUGGUCCCCAUUUCCUCUGAUUUUUACGGCAACCCACCACCAGCAACAACCUUCCUAUCCUCUUCUCUGAUUCAAGCUGCAGCAAGGAAUCUAAUAAACACUCUGCUCUAUUGUGUGAUCUCUCCGAAGCAGCCAAUUUUGCUACAUUUUGAAAAUCGGCUUUCAUGGUUUUUGUUUUUACCCCUCAUUCUAACUCUGCUUUCGGUUUUUGACAGAAAGGGGAAUGUGGGUAUGUGGAGAGAUUGCUUCGUAGAGUCGGCGAAGCCACUUUCUGGCUCUCCUUCUGUUCCCCAGUUAAAAAGCAUGUCUUUCUAAGCAACCCUUCUCUUUGGUUUUGAUUUUUUCACCGAGGACGAAAUUUUUUUCUUUUUUUAAAAAGCUUUGUUUGGUAGAGGAAAAUGUACAGAAGCUGACCUGGGUCGGUCCUUAAAAAAUUGAACUUUUUUACUUAUUUAUUUAUUUUAUUUCCUUACAUGGGUUUAUUUGUUUAUCAUUUUAAUGAAGGAUACUCGGUUUUAGAUUAAUGGGGAUUCCAGUUCACGUCUUAUCAACAAAACGCGUUCGGUAUCCAUAUUGAUGAUCUCUUCUUGAACGUGGUGGUGCUAGUGGUUGGUUGCUUAGUGUCGCAAUCAGAUCUGCGUUUUUGGCUCUGCUAAAACACACAGCCAGACAUUCUUAUCAAGGCAGAAACUUUGGUGGUUAAUUGAAAGACAGUUGAAUUUCAUUGUUAAGACUUGAGAUUUCUCACGUUUUUGAAGUAACAACGAACACGGCUUCGUCGUAUUUUCGGGGAUCAUUUGUAUCGAGAAAAUUGCAUUGAGAUCGAGUUAAAUUGGAUGUAAUCUUAAGCUCUUAAAGUGUACGGAUAUAAUAUGCUUUUGAGUCAAAUUACUUCGUUAUUUGGAGGUCUUGGACCCAGAAGCUAAGACAUCGGAGUGUUAGUUAAUGGCUUCCGGAGAAGGGAGGCGUCGCCGUGACAAUCUUGUGCCUCUUGCUGCUUUGAUCAGCAGAGAAAUGAGGAACGAGAAGAUGGAGAAGCCAACUGUGAGAUAUGGUUUUGCAGCCCAGUCUAGGAAAGGAGAGGAUUAUUUCCUGAUUAAGACCGACUGUCAGCGAGUUCCUGGAAAUUCCUCAUCCACAUUUUCAGUGUUUGCGAUCUUUGAUGGGCACAACGGAAAUGCUGCAGCAAUAUUUACUAGGGAGAAUCUGUUGAAUCAUGUUUUGGGUGCUCUUCCUCGAGGGCUUGGGCGAGAGGAAUGGCUUCAAGCUUUACCUCGAGCACUGGUUGCUGGGUUUGUGAAGACUGAUAAGGAGUUUCAGAGCAGAGGAGAAACAUCAGGGACUACAGCAACGUUUGUGAUAGUUGAUGGAUGGACAGUUACUGUUGCAUCUGUUGGAGACUCGCGUUGUAUUUUAGAUGCUCAGGGUGGUUCCAUUUCCACCUUAACCGUGGAUCAUAGGCUUGAAGAGAAUGUGGAAGAGAGGGAACGCGUGACUGCAAGCGGUGGAGAAGUUGGAAGGCUUAGCAUUGUUGGUGGUGCUGAGAUUGGUCCACUCCGUUGUUGGCCCGGAGGCUUAUGCCUUUCUAGGUCAAUUGGAGACAUGGAUGUUGGAGAGUUUAUAGUUCCAAUUCCAUAUGUCAAGCAAGUGAAGCUAUCAAAUGCAGGUGGCAGGCUUAUAAUUGCUUCUGAUGGCAUCUGGGAUGCCCUUUCCUCAGAAAUGGCAGCAAAAUCAUGCCGUGGGUUGCCAGCUGAACUUGCUGCUAGACAAGUUGUGAAGGAAGCAUUAAGGAAAAGGGGACUAAAAGAUGACACAACAUGUAUAGUUGUUGACGUAAUUCCUCCUGACAACUCAUCACAGCCCUCUACUCCUCCCAAGAAGCAGAACAAGCUCAAAGCCUUCUUAUUCAGAAAGAAACCACAUGAUUCUGCCAAUAAGCUAUCAAAAAAGCUUUCUGCCGUAGGUAUAGUGGAAGAACUUUUUGAAGAGGGCUCUGCAAUGCUUGCUGAAAGACUGGGGAAUGAUGACACCACAACACACUCACCAUCUGGUCUUUUCACAUGUGCUGUAUGCCAAGUUGAUCUUGCUCCAAGUGAGGGUAUCUCUGUCCAUGCUGGUUCAAUCUUCUCCGCCAGUUCCAAGCCCUGGCAAGGGCCUUUCCUUUGUGCUGAUUGCCGCGAUAAGAAGGAUGCCAUGGAAGGAAAACGCCCAAGUGGAGUUAAAGUGGCAUAACUCUGUUGUUCCCUUCAUUCUUUAUCUCACAUAUAUUUUUUCUUUUUUUUUUUCUGUAAACCACAACCGCAAUUUCUAGGCCAGGCAAAUUUGAUUGAAUGUCACUACCAUGGUACCACAAAUGUAUAUGUAAUAUUCAAAUAAUGGGAAAUGAAUUCUAGCAUUUAAGGCAUAGUUGGUUUA